ACGAAGAAAACGAAUUUCUGAGUUUUAAUUUUAAAGUUAUUGAAUCUGAAAAACUCAUUGCGAUUCUCAGAAAGCUUCCAUAGAUUCCCGUCUGGUUCUAGGGUUCCGCGACGAUUUCUCCGAUUGAAUUUAGCUUGGCGGGGGCGAAUCGGAUUCGAUAGCGAUUAUCGCGAAAUAAUAAUGGCGCAGGGUGUAGAAGAAUGGUAUAAACAGAUGCCGAUCAUCACUCGCUCUUAUCUCACGGCGGCCGUUGUCACCACCGUCGGAUGUUCACUCGAUAUUAUAUCGCCGUAUAGUCUCUACUUGAAUCCCACGCUUGUGGUGAAGCAACACCAGUACUGGCGUCUCGUUACCAACUUCUUGUAUUUCCGCAAGAUGGAUUUGGACUUCAUGUUCCAUAUGUUCUUUCUCGCGCGAUACUGCAAACUCCUUGAAGAAAACUCAUUCAGGGGAAAGACUGCUGAUUUCCUUUACAUGCUCCUCUUCGGAGCAACCGUUCUAACUGGUAUUGUUCUCCUCGGCGGAAUGAUACCCUACUUAUCCGCAUCGUUUGCUAAAAUCAUCUUCCUCAGCAACUCAUUAACUUUCAUGAUGGUGUAUGUGUGGAGCAAACAAAAUCCUUAUAUUCACAUGAGUUUCCUGGGUCUGUUCACCUUCACAGCUGCUUACCUACCAUGGGUACUUCUUGGGUUCUCUGUCCUUGUUGGUGCCAGUCCUUGGGUGGAUCUUCUGGGUAUGAUAGCUGGUCAUGCUUACUACUUUCUCUCUGAGGUGUAUCCGAGAAUGACUAAUCGUCGUCCUUUAAAGACUCCAGCGUUCCUCAAAGCACUAUUUGCAGAUGAACCAGUCGUGGUGGCACGGCCAGAAAACGUCAGGUUUGCUGCUGCACCUUUCGAUGAAAUCCACCAAGACUGAUCUGGUCAGAUAUAAAAUGGUAUGCAAAGGAAAGAAGAUAAUAGCACAAAGCCUAUUGACUAUGACACGCUAGUUGUGAAUUCACCACCACACCUUAGUGUUAGUUUCAAGUAGUUUGGUGUCUUUUGGUAUCGUUUUCUCUCAUCGUGUUGUGUAUACAAAUUUGCUUUGGUUUUAGUGCUCAUGUUAUGUUAUUGACACACUCAAGUUGUACACAAAUCUCCUGUUAUGUCUACAAUGUUAAUUAUUGUCUUUCGUUCA